GAUACCAAUGAAAUAAUGGAAUCACACAGUAAAAUUGGUGAGGAAACAUCUAUGCAAACUUCACAGAGCACUGAAGGUCCUGACACGGGUGAUGGCAGUCAGGCUAUAGGUGACAAGCUGCCUCCUGUCCCCAGCGCUACCCAGGGCUCUCGAGGGAAAGCGGGAAAUUCGGAAGAAGAGGUGUGUUGCGGUAGGUCUGGUCCAGAAACGGUUCUCCAGAGAUGCCAGGCCCAGGUUGCAGAGCUGGAACGGUGGCUAGACAAAACCAAAAUGUUCCUGAGGUCACAGCCCCAGAACCCCAAAACGCAGCAGAUGGUGGAACAGCAGCUUGCUGAUUGCCAGGUGGUGUUAUCAGAGAUUGAACAAAAGGUCCUUUCUUUACUGGAAGAUUGUGGAGACAGUGCAGACUACCAACAAGAGACAGAGGCUCUUUCCUUGAAGCUGAAGGAAGUGAAAUGCAAUUUGGAAAAAGUCCAGAUGAUGCUGGAAGACAAAUGCAAUGAAGAGCAGGUAAAGCAUAUGAAUGCUAUGCAGAGCAAGAGUGAGAGAAUCCUGCACUCAAAUGGCUCCAGCAUGCGACAGCUUGCUGUUGCUGAACAGCUGCUCAUUUGGCAUAAUGGUUUCCAGCACCCACAGGAUCUGCAAGUAAAAGCGGCUGAGCAGAAACGCCUCAUUGACUUCAUUGAGUCGUGUGUGGAAAAAAUGCAGCCACAGUUUCAGGACAGCGUGACUCAGGAAUUAGAAUUAAGCAAUGGAGAAUCUGAUCCAAAGAGCAAGCAGGCUGAUCCUGCCUUAGCUGCAAAGGACCAAACGGGUAAUAAAUGGCAAUAUUUACAACAAGAGCUGUCAUCAAGGAUGAAAUCUCCUCUCUGCCAGCUUGUGGAACCUCAGAUUACCACAAAGAUGAACAUUCUGCCCCGAGGCACAUUCAGUAGUGCAGGAACCCCAACUGUGGAAGAACUGAAAACUUACACUGUCCAACUGGGAGACCUAAGUCAAGAAGCAAAUGAGGUGCAUGCACAGGAUAAUGUGGCAGAGGAAGUCUCUUCCAAUUUGGACAGAAAAUUGUUUGAGCUGCUUCUGGCGAUCAGCCGAUGUUUGAAUAACAUGGAGGAGAUGUUAAACACCUCAGUCCUCUCCCCUGAAGAGGCAGCCGUGCAGCAGGCUCUUUAUGAGACUCUUUCUGUCGAGCUUCAAAAACUUCACACUGAUCUGAGUGAUAAAAAGGAUGAUCUUCUAAAGUCUAUUAGUUGUGCUGGUGGGAGCACAGAUGUGUUCUGUGAGUGCUUUGACAACUUGCAGGCACGGCUGGAACAAACUCAAGCUGCCGCUGCUUCAAGGAGCAGCUCUAUGAAAGCUGGGCUGGAUCAUAAUAGCAAUUAUCAGAAUGAAACCAGGCUGCUCUGUGAUCAGUUAACUGAGAAAAAAGCUGCUCUGCAACAAUGCUUGAAUGCAAUAGGUGGACAUAAUGUUUCUGAACAGCUUCAGAAAACUGAUGCCUGUGCUUUGGAGCUGCAAAACUUCGAAAACCAAGUAGCAAAAUUGAGAGGCCAUGGAGAAAGACUUCAGUUACCUAUCACCUUAAUCCAGGAAGCUUAUAAGUUAGAGGAUGUUUUGGAUGACAUGUGGAGGAUUCUGAAAGCAAAGUAUGCAGAGCUGAACUCUCCUUCCAUCAGUGAGAGCCAGUAUGAGGACUUACUUCAUGGAUUUGCAGAGCUGGUAGCUAUUGGACAAGAGAAGAUUGCACAAGAUCCAAAGCAGCUAACAAAAAGCAGAGCAGCUCUACAGUCUCACCUGGAAAAUCACAAGGACUUUUUCCGCAAUCUCAUGGCCCACAUGGCUUUCAUGCAAACAUUUUCCAAGAAAGUGACUCCCUCCAUCCUACAAAAGAGAGAGGAGUUCUGGAGAGAACUGGUGAAUGAAGUCAAGUUGCUGGAGCAGAAGGCCUGCCAGUAUGGUAUACACUUAGAGAUGCUGUUAAAGGAAUGGAUGGAAUUUGAUGAUGAAUGCCUAGCUUUCAGUAAGGAGUUAGAGGCACUCACCUCCAUGUUGCCUUCUGUGAGUUUGGUGGAAGAAACAGAAGAAAGAUUAAUGGAAAGGAUUGCACUUCUACAGCAAAUCAAAAGCAGUGUUGAUGAAAAGCAUGCCAGACUGUACCAGAUGGUGAAAGAAGGGAAGAAAUUGCUGACUGCAGUGAACUGUCCAGAAAUAAGAAGCCAGAUCAGGAAGAUGGAAGAGCAGUGGUUGUCCUUAACCAAAAGAGUUGGCCAUGAACUACAACGACUUCAAACAUUACUCAAACUCUUAGUCAGCUACAACAGAGACUCAGAGGAAUUAAUGAAGUGGCUGGAUUCUGCUCUGCAGAGAAUGAAUUUUUGGAAGGAGCAGUCUCUCAAUGUGUCACAGGAUCUUCCCACCAUCAGGGAUAACAUUAACAGCUUUUUUACAUUCUCUAAGGAAGUUGAUGAAAAAUCUUCCCUGAAGUCGUCUGUGGUGAGCACUGCCAACCAGCUCUUUCAAAUGAAGCAAGGUGAUACUGCAGCACUUAGGUCAUCUUUGUCAAAGUUUGAGCAAAAAUGGGGAGAACUGAUUGUACAGCUCCCAGCCAUCCAAGAAAGACUUCACCAGCUUCAGAUGGAAAAACUUUCAUCACGGGAAGCUAUCGCUGAACUGAUGACCUGGCUGGACCAUGUGGAAGAACAGCAGGGACAUGAGGAGCCAGUAAAUUCACAACGUAGCGCUGCCCAAGUCAGAAACCUCCUUCAGAAGGCCAAGGAAUAUAUGAUGGAAAUGAACUUUAAACAGUGGACAGUAGAUUUUGUUAACCAGUCGCUCUUGCAGAUGAGCACUUGUGACGUGGAAAGCAAGCGGUAUGAAAGGACAGAGUUUGCCGAGUGUCUUGGAGAGCUGAACCUGCGGUGGCACAGGCUGCAGGCGUCUCUGAACAGAAAGAUACAAGACCUGCAACACAUUUUGGAGGAUAUUACUGAAAAUGAGAACAAAGCACAGACCCUACGGAACUGGCUGGAAGCUCAAAGUGAUCGACUGAGAUCUUUACAAACCCCAGCAAGUCUGAUCUCUGCACAGAACACAUUAGAUGAUUGCAAGGAGCUAGAAAAUCAACUCACGACUAAAUCCAAAACUCUUGAUGAGCUCAAACAGGGUUUGGCUUUGAAUGGUAGUGCAGAACAAACCCCAGAAGCUCUGUCUCUCAAGAUAGAUGAGCUGUGUGAAAUGGUUGACAGCAUUGUAAGCCAGGUUGCACAGUUAAAGACCUCAAUGGAGUCAAUACUGGAGCAGUGGAGAGUAUAUGAUGAAGUUUAUGCAGAAGUCAGCCUGAUGACAACAAGAUAUUUGUACUACAUAGACCAGUGUAAACCUUCUGUGGUGUCACUGGAAGCUUUGAAAAACCAGGUCAAAACUCUCCAGUCUCUUCAAGAUGAAUCAGAGAACAACGAAGAAAGUUGUGCCAAGCUCCAGGCUGCUGCCAGUAACCUGAAGAAGAACUGCUCCCCCUCCUUUGCAGAGAUUAUUGAACACAAGUGCACAGAGGCACACACUAGGUGGAACUCAGUAAAUGAAGACAUCACAGAUCAACUGCGGGCAGCACAAGCGACGCUGCAGCUUUGGGAGCCCUGCGAUACUUCAUGCACUGAGGCAGCAGCCAAGUUACAGCAGUACAAAGAGCAGUGCACUCAGCUGUUGGAUGCUCCCGUGCCCGAGGAUAACACGAUAGAAACCCUGAUGCAGAGGAUAGAGGAUGUAAAGAAUUUACAGCGUGGCCUUCAGAACAUAGCAGGAUGGUAUACCCAGAUUUCUUUGCUGGCUGAUCAGAUAAAACAGCAGGCUGGGACAACUGCACAAGACAUUCUGUUGGAGAAGCUACAGACGCUCCAGAGAGCAUCCUAUUUUGAAAAGAUGUUGCAGAGGAAGUUAGAUGAACUGGAGUUCAAUCUUUUACAACUGGAGGAUUUCAAUAACUGCCUUGAAACGCUGGAGAGUCGUGUCAAGAAUUGCACAGAUGCCUUUGAUAGUCUCUGUCUAGAAGGAGAAACAGACAACUCAGAAUUGCUCAUGAAUCACACACUGGAGCUUGCUGCACUUUCUCCAAGCAUAGAAAGUUUGAAUGAAGCAAGCAUUAAGCUGCCACUCAGUGACUUCACCCUGAAGAAAAUGCAGAGCCUGACUCGGCAGUGGAGUCAGAAAACAGCAAUUGCUCUGGAACGCUGCAGUGUGCUUGAGGGAACUCAAAAUGAUGAAAAGACAUUCUUUCAGAAAUGUGAAAACUGGAUUAAAUUCCAAGAAAAAAUGAAGGAGGCUUUAAAAACAAAUAUUCCAGGACGGUUUGAAGAACUGCAAGAGCAACAGAGAGUAUAUGAGAUGCUGCAAACUGAGAUUUCCAUAAAUCAGCAGACAUUUAAUUCUAUCAUAACAAAAGUUCUACUCUUCCUGGAAUCCGGAGAAGCAGAGAAAAGAACAGAGUUUAUUUCCAAGCUCACAUUGCUGAAAGAGCAGUGGCAGAAUGUAAUCCGGAUGGUUCAGCAUAUUGAUGGACUCGUGAGCCAGUGGCAGCUCUUCAGGAGUUCCCUGCAGAGUCUCAGCAGGUUUCUUGCUGAUACAAACAGCUUCCUCAAAGCUGUGAAGAGCCAGGAGUGCUAUAGCCCUUACGAGCUUAGAAACCUAAUUCAUGAAAUCAAGAGUAAGGCUGUGAUUCUUCAGAGGUGGCAAGCCAUGUACUCCUUAAUCAUCGAUGUCGGGGAGAAGUUACGCACUGUCUCCGAUCCUGAGACCAGUGCUGUUCUCCAGGAGGAGCUCAGCCAGUUACAGCAGAGCUGGGGAGACACCCAGGUCCAGCUGGAGAAGAAGAUGCAUAUCAGCAGCACCCUACAGAAUUGGGACUACUGUGGAAAGCAAAUGAAGGAAUUACGAAGCAAGCUGAGAGAGCUGAAGGAGAAAGUAAAAGAUCCACUUCCAGUUGAACAUGAAGAGCUCUACAAAGCCAAGGAACACAUUAAGGAGCUGGAGCAGUCGCUGGCAGACUGGGCCCGCGACAUGAAGGAGCUGCGGGCCAUGAAGGUGCAGCUGGCUUACUGCAUCCUCACCGAGGACGUGACGCUGCUCAGGGAGCAACUGGAACAUUUGCACGGGCAGUGGGAAGAGCUCUGCUUGCGGGUGUCUCUGCGUAAGCAGGAGAUCGAGGACAGGCUCAAUGCCUGGAUUGUGUUUAAUGAGAAGAAUAAGGAGCUCUGCUCCUGGCUGGUACAAAUGGAAAGCAAAGUGUUGCAGACUGCAGAUGUUAGCAUUGAAGACAUGAUAGACAAAUUGCAGAAGGAUUGCAUGGAAGAAAUAAACAUGUUCAGUGAAAAUAAGCUUCAGUUGAAACAAAUGGGUGAUCAGCUAAUCAAGGCUAGCAACCAGAGCCGAGUUGCAGAAAUAGAUGAUAAACUCAACAAAAUCAAUGAUCGUUGGCAGCAUCUCUUCGAUGUCAUUGGAGCACGGGUGAAGAAACUGAAGGAAACAUUUGCUUUUAUACAACUAUUGGACAAAAACAUGAGUAACCUUCGCACCUGGUUGGCCCGGAUUGAGUCUGAGCUUUCCAAACCUGUUGUUUAUGACAUCUGUGAUGACCAAGAAAUCCAGAAGAGACUGGCAGAACAGCAGGAUCUUCAGCGAGACAUAGAGCAACACACCGCAGGGGUGGAAUCCGUAUUUAACAUUUGUGAAGUCCUGCUACACGAUUCAGAUGCAUGUGCUAAUGAGACCGAGUGUGACUCCAUCCAGCAGACUACCAGGAGUUUGGACAGACGGUGGAGAAACAUUUGCGCCAUGUCUAUGGAAAGGCGAAUGAAAAUUGAGGAAACCUGGCGCCUAUGGCAGAGGUUUUUGGAUGACUAUUCUCGCUUUGAAGAUUGGCUGAAAUCGUCUGAAAAGAUAGCAGCUGAGCCUAAUUCUUCUGAAGUUUUGUACACACAUGCAAAAGAGGAGCUGAAGAAAUUUGAGGCAUUCCAACGGCAAAUUCACGAACGUCUCACUCAGUUGGAGCUGAUCAAUAAGCAGUACAGGCGCCUCGCGCGCGAGAACCGCACGGACUCGGCCAGCAAGUUGAAGCAGAUGGUGCACGAAGGCAACCAGCGCUGGGAUAACCUCCAGAAACGAGCCGCUGCCAUUCUGAGGAGACUCAAGCAUUUCACCAAUCGGAGAGAUGAGUUUGAGGGGACGAGGGAAAGCAUCCUUGUUUGGCUCACAGAAAUGGAUCUCCAGCUGACAAACGUGGAGCACUUCUCAAAAAGUAACUUCGAUGACAAAAUGCGCCAGUUAAAUGGUUUCCAGCAGGAAAUAACACUAAACACCAAUAAGAUUGAUCAGCUAAUCGUUUUUGGGGAGCAGUUGAUUCAGAAGAGUGAGCCUUUGGACGCUACCCUAAUUGAAGAUGAAUUGGAAGAACUUCAUCGAUACUGUCAGGAAGUGUUUGGGCGAGUUGCCCGGUUCCAUCAAAGACUGACUUCAAGGCAUCCUGGAUUGGAUGAUGAGAAAGAGACCUCUGAAAAUGAGACAGAUCCUGAGGACUCCAGAGAAAUCCAGACUGAUCCCUGGCUUAAGAAGGCCAUCAGCGAGGGGCCCUCUUCACCACAGUCCCUUUGCCACCUUAUGCCCCCUACUCAAAGUCAUGAAAGAUCAGGCUGUGAAACCCCUGUCAGUGUUGACUCCAUCCCACUUGAGUGGGAUCACACAGGUGAUGUGGGAGGUUCUUCCUCUCACGAAGACGACGAAGAAGCACCGUACUACAGUGCUCUGUCAGAUGUAGAAAUCACUGAAAAUCCUGAGGCAUAUCUUAAAAUGACCACAAAAACUUUGAAAGCAUCUUCUGGAAAGUCUGUUUCGGAAACUCAUCCAUGGCAUUCUCCUGAUAGCGCAGUCUGCAGGAAACACCGAUACAACAAGGCAGAGAUGGUUGGAAAUGUGCUGUCUGGUCCAGAAACAAGUACUCCCUAUAAGCCAGACUAUGUGAAGCAACUCAGCUCUGUGAGCAGCAGCAUCAACAAGGAGAAAAUUACAUCUGCUAACAUGAGCAGUGGAGAACCCCAAGAUGACCAAGAGCUUGUGAAUAUAGCAGCUGCAGAGCAGCAGUCAGGCAUGAUUGAUAGAAAUAACCUUGGUAUGGAACAGCAAUUCCAGGACUGGCAGCAGCUGAGCUCAGAUCUCAACAACCUCUCUGCUUGGCUUGAUGAAACUGAGAAAGAGCUGGAAUUACUGCAGAAAGUGAAACCUCCAACCAGCAUGCAGGCAUUGGAACAAAACGUCAAGAAACUGAAAAACAUGCUUAAAGCAUUUGAUAAUGGAAAGCAGCUCUGUCUUGGAGUUAACCUGAGCAGCAAAGAAUUUCAUAAAGAGGAGAGCACAGAGUUCAAAGAGCUUCAGAAAAGGAUUUGGAAGAUGAACUUGCGUUGGGAGAAAGCUACUCAUGCAUUGGACAGCUGGAGGAAAGGUUUACAAGAAGCCCUACUGCAUUGCCAGGAUUUCCAUGACGAGAGCCAAAAACUAAUCCUGUGGUUAGCAAGUGCUGAUAGCCGAAGGAAUGAAGCACGAAUCACAGAUCCAAAUGCUGACCUCAGUACAAUAGUGGAACGCCAAAAGGAGCUAAUGCAACUGGAGAAAGAGCUGCUGGAACAACAGCCUAAGGUAAACUCACUUCAAGAACUCGCUGCUCACCUGCAACUUAAAUCAUAUGGUGAAUACGGCGAAGCGGAUGAGAAGGUCUGUGUAAUUGGAAGGAAACUGAAACAGCUUAUUGAACAAGUUUCACAUGACAUACAAACAAUACAAGGAAAUCUGGAUACCAGAGCAUUGCUGCUAGUUCCAGAUGAGUUGGACUCAGGAGUUUGUAAUCCAGUCACAGUGAAAUCCAGCCCUGCUGUGAAGGAGGCCACCAUAAAGGGAAUUGCGGAUGGCAGAAAUGGCAGCAGCUCGAGAGGUGAAAGCCAUCCACAACCUAGUCAAACAGUUCCUCGGUCUCCCUCCUUCUUUUACCGUAUAUUACGAGCAGCUUUACCUCUUCAGUUGUUCCUUCUACUGCUUUUACUCCUGGCUUUCAUGGUUCCAUAUUCUGAGGAAGACUACAGCUGCACCCAGGCAAACAACUUCGCCCGUUCUUUCUAUCUCAUGCUGCGAUACAUCAACGGGCCUCCACCAACUUAG